ACCUGGAGCGCCAUCAGACCAAAACCCACACGAAAUUCCAGGAUAGAUACCCAUCAAAAAGCAGACUCCUGGCAAAGAAAGUGGAAGAACUCAAAUCGGGGUUGAAAACCCAGCAACGCCUUUUCUCUAAACCUGCUUCUCUAAACAAGGCUGCCACGGAAGUUUCAUUUCAUGUGAGUCACCUGUUAGCUAAACGCAAAAAACCCUUUACGGACAGAGAAAUUGUGAAGGAAGCAAUGGCCAUCACAGCAGAGAUCAUGUUCAGUGAUUUCAAAAAUAAAGGAGAAAUCAAGUCUGCGCUCCACAGUGUUCCACUUUGCCCUACAACUGUGACAAGGCGGGUGGAAUCUCUGUCCGAGGACGUGGAUAGACAAGUGUUGCGGGACUUAAUGGACUGUGAAUACGUCUUACUCCAGUUUGAUGAAUCCCAGGAUAUAAUGGACACCGCUCAGUUUGUUUUUUUUUGUUGUCAGAAUGACCUUCCUGGAUUUUACAGCGAAGGAGGACUUCCUCACUCUUUUGCAUCUAAAGGGGAGAACGAGAGGUGAGGAUCUACAAUCUACAAUGAGUUCAAGAAAUAUGUCAGUGAUAACGAUAUCCCUAUCCAGAAGCUGGUGGCAAUAACGACAGAUGGGGCCCCAGCAAUGCGCAGGCUAUGCCGUGCUGACCCAGAUUUUACCUACUUUGUCAACUAUCACUGUGUGAUUCACCAACACGCCUUGACGGGAAAAGUUUUGGAAUUGUCCCACGAAAUUACAUUGGUUGUGAAACUUGUGGACUUGAUUUGUGCGAAAGCGCUCCAGCACCUCUUAUUCAAAGAGUUAUAGGCAGAGCUCGAUGCCGCAUACGGUGACCUACUCCAUGCUGAUGUGCGGUGGUUAAGUCUGGGAAAAUUGCUGCAAAGAUUUGUCGACUUGCUGCCGGAGAUCAAGACCUUUCUGAGAACAUGGAAUGAGGAGCCCGAAGAACUUUUUAUUUUUAUUGUGAUGUUUUUACAUUCAAAUUAAUUUAAUUCAAUGACGGAAUGCGUCUCUAAUAAAAUGUUUUAUUAAUAUUACGGCCAAGCUUGGUGUUUGGAUGACACAACUGAAGAAUGGGAUGCUGGCACACUUUCCCAACCUGGAGAAGAUGGUACAAGGCCUGGAAGAUGACGAGGUUUUUCAGCCUAAACGGUACUGUGCUCAUCUGGAUAAACUGUCAACCAAGUUCAGUCGGCGUUUCGGUGAGUUAGAUGACAUGGGAGAGAUUUGCGCUUUCGUGUCACACCCGUUCGCCCCUAUUGACAUAGAGCAGGUUGCAGCCAAAAUGCUGAAAGUGUUUAACUUGCCAAAUGACAGUGAAAUUGACAUGGAGAUAGUCGAGAUGCAAAAUGACAUUGAGCUGAGUGCCAGAGCAAGAGACAGUAACUUUUGGGGCCUGGUAAGCAGAGAGAGGUUUCCUCUCCUCAGUGGAUGUGCCCUGAGACUGAGUGCAUACUUUGGAUCCACCUACCUCUGUGAGAUGACAUACUCACAAAUGAAAAAAAGUGAUGAUCACCUCACAGACUGCCUCAGAUUGGCUGUCAGUAGCUAUGAGCCGAACUUCAAAUCACUUACAAACAGCAUCCAGUCACAGCCAUCACACUGAUUCAAGUUUGAAUGCCAAUGUAGACCUAAUGAUGUUGCAAUAAAAGGACUGCUUAAGAGAGUUCUUUUCUCUCUCUCUUUUUUUUCUGUAUUUUUAUAAAAUGCUUAUGGUUGGCUAGAUAUGUUUUGUUAUGAGAAUAUUCAGAAUGUCAAUUCACUUUUUUUCAGACCAUUUUUAUCUUCAUUUUUGUGUGUGACAAUUACAUUAUAUUUGAAACCUUGAAGUGACAUAAUCUGAUUUUUUUUUUCCAAUUUAUAUGCUAAAUGUCCAGUAGGUGGCUCUGCCUGUGUGUGAACAUUAGGCAUAUGUCACCUACUGGAUAAAAUAUGUAAUUGACAACUUGUCAGCCUGUAAUUGCAUGUUUUGCCCAGUGCAAAUGCAAUGAAACCAUGUAUAAUCCAUAAUGAAUUAAUGCACACCACCACAAAUAUGAAAUAGUGCACUAAACCAGCAAUUUGGCUUUUUUUCUAUCAGCGCUUCAUUAGGUAGAUCUUGCCUCGCACCAAAGUUGAGGUAUGUGAUCUUGGGCUUAAAAGGUUGGUGACCACUGCCCUAGAGCAAACUAGCAGAGGCCUGAGUGUCGGUCACUGCAGCAGUUUAACUGCAACAGAAGAGACGAUUCGGAAAAAAAUCCAUGAAAACUGAUCAGUUACAGCACAGCUUUCAUCCUACAAUGAUUGAUUCUGAAAAAGCGUUUUAACUCUCUGUAUUUUCCGCUCACUCCGACUGUUCUUAGCCUGGGAAACAAAAACAGGUGAUUUGUAUUUUGAAAUAUACAUUUAAAUAUGUGGGCGGGUAAAAACCAUUAAAUUUACUCCAACAAAAAUGGUGAAUUUUGGUAUUAAGUGUCUGAACUAGCUGGGGUGACAUACUGCAGACAGUCAGCAGCUCUGAAUGGGGCCACGCCAUCACUUAGACCUGGGCUUACUUAAAUAAAACUUGAAAAGUGAACUUCUUAGGCUAAAGAAAGAAUAAAUUAGGCUGUAAACAUCUUUAUUUGUGGUAGUAAGUUGAACAUUUUUACGUGGGGCUCUAUGGGGAUCAACUUACUUUUGGAGUCAGCCUCUAGUGGAUGUCAGAGGAACUGCAGAUUUUGGCACUGCUUUAGCUUUUUUUGCGACAGUAUUCAAUGGCAACUGAACAGGGUAAUAAGAUUUAAAAGGGAGUGUGAUGCUAACAGACUUAAAAAAAACAUUAAGAAGACUUUUAAAGCUUUCAACAGACUCUCCUAAUGGUGCCGGCUGUAAGUCAGAAGCAUAGACUGUAUAUACUAUGGACAACUUGACUCUGCCUUCUGUCAUUAUACAAACCUGAAGCCGACUCCCGACUGCGUAUCAGUUAGUGUAGAUGAAAAGUACUUCCAGGUUAAGGAUUUAUCAGUAUUGCAGAACAAUCCAAUGGUCUAUCUCUGAUCCACGUGGACCCCUACAGGACUUUUAGCUGCUAACUCUGUCUGAAGGUAACAGCACAGCAUAAGGAAACAUAGUUUACUUUAUCAAGCACAAGAAAACCUGCAAAAACCGAAACUGUAAAAUCACGUUGCUUUUUCACAUAUAGUAGAGGCUCAAUGGUCACCGAAUUAUAUCCAAAUUAGCAGGAAAUAGACCACAGAAAGGUAAAACAACCUGUUGUGAGAAUGUUGUUUCCUCUAUACUGAGCCCAGCUGACUGGGGAUGCACUACGCUGCUGCUACGCUCUAAACAUGCAUCCUGUAUGCGAUACCCAGGGCUGCUCUAUUGAGCAAAUUUGGAACGCACUCAAUAUGGAUCCUGUAUGUUUUCGGCUCCAGAAUCCUCUUCACGUCUCAGUUCUGCAAAAGCCAUAACGGUGAGUAACCUUGCAAAGCAGAUUGAUUAAUCAGAUAACAUGCUUGUCAUCUGGUUGAUAUCUUUUGCUACACCAGGUCUUUAUUUAACAGUUAACCUGUUAGCUUUCAAAGUGAAAAGCAUUUAUUCUGCACUUAAUAACAUGUAACUACAUUUUGAAUUUGUCAUUCUUAUUUACCACAAACAAAUAAAUAGUAAGACAUGCUGAGACACAUUUGUAACCUUCUAUUUACAGAGAAACUGAGACUCACCACAAAGACGUGAACAGUAAGCCAGAGGAAAGCCUCUAUGAGCAUUUUCAAACAUAGUGAUAACUGUAAAACUAAAACAAACACAAAAGCUAGGGUGACAUUGCUUUUGUACUUAUUAUACAUAGUAAAACUGGGACUCACCACCAACAGAUGAACAUAAACAGGAGUUACGCCUCAGUUUAAUUUACUGUUCAUAUAGAAACUGAGACUUACCACAAACAGAUGAGUGUUAGCAUUUAGAAAAGCCUUUAAAGUUUAAAUAAUUUUAUAAUGAACACUUCAUGUUGUAUUCCAGAGCUGCAUCUUGUUGUGUUGAUGCUGCAGCUGUCAGCAGAGUUUCUAUUCACCUGUAAGCACACUGGCUCGCUGCUCUGAGGAGUUCUGAGAGAGCAGGAGGAGCAUGAGUCACAGCCAGAUGAACAUGGGGAUUGUCAGAAAAUGAGAAGUACAUGAAGAAGACUCUUGAUUCAGGUAGGUAUCAUGAUGUUGUGUCACAUUAAGGAUUCUGCAGCUCUGUAGCUGUCAGGCUCAUGAGGCAGAGCGGAACAAAUGCUGGACGACACCGAUCCUUAGUGCCGGGGAGCAGAAACAUCUCAGAGUUUAGAGGAUGUGGCUGAAACAGACUGCUUUCCCCCCAGGGUGGUUUGAACAGUUAUUUCAGGUCUGUUAAAGCUCUGUCUGACAAUCAACUCAUCCACUGUGACUCUGCCUCAUCACUGCUGACCUGUUACCUGACCUUGUCAGGUGUGAGCACUCUCACUGUAAGCUAAUCCAUUACCUGAAUCAAUGCCUAGUGCAGGACUUACACUGAGACCCUGUUUGUCUUAUUGAGCCAUAGCACUGGACGAGCAGAGAGAGGGGAGAGAGAGUAACAAUGAAAGCAAAUGGCUUAUAAACCUUAUUAACAGUCUUUGAACUGAAUUUGAACAUUUGAAUAAUGUUUUUCAAGUGUGAUUUUAUGAACUAUUUGUUGCAAGAAGAUCUGGGAUCAUUGCAGCACUUUUUUGUUUUUGAUCAUUCUACACAAAGAAAACAAACCCACAGACUUCAAUAUUUACAAGCAAGCAAACUGCAUGUGUGCUCUGUCAGCACAAACAGUGAUUGAGUCCUGCAGAAUAACACAUGGAGCAUGAUCAGGUCGAUAACAGCUGGCCUUACAUUCCUGAAACUGCUUUGCAACCGUGCUCCACCCCAGCUCCUCCUCUUAUGCUGUGUCUGAGCUUACUUUUUGUUCUUCUUGGGGUCUUUGCUGCUCCUCUCAUUGCCUUGGCUUUUUAUGUAUGCACAUGCAAUAGAGAGGAGGUGUGCAAUCUUACAUCUUUACAUCUGGAUGAAGCCUUGCAGAUGUGCACACGGAAAAGCCAGCAGAUCUGAAAACCCAGCUCUUUGCUGCUCUCCCCGCUUUGGCUUUUUUAUCUAUACGCAUCUAACAGAGGGGGACUGUGCUCUCCCCAAUUCUGGCUCUGAUAUUCCCAAUAUGCACAUGGAAGGGCAGGGAGCUAUACAAAACCAUGCUAUACCAGUCUAACCAAAGAAGGGGGUAUAGAAAAAUGGUAGGAAUGAAUGUAGCUGCAGGGCUACCCGAAGCUAACAAACACUUUGUAUUCAGAGCCCCACACCUGGCAGCCAGAAUCACUUGUUGCAUGGCUAACUGAGAUAAGUGAACUGGAAUCACCUUUAAGCUAAGAACAAACUACAAGAUAAUAGUUGCACUUUGGGACUUGCUACCAACACAAGGUCAGAUUUUCAGGUGGUUCUUCAAAUCGCCUUGGCAAUCCAGCGGUGUGAGAUGUGUAGAGUGUGAUCCACCACCACAGCUUACUAAAGCUGAUCUCCUCUACUUCCUUUAACAGAAAGAGAAUCAUAAAAGUCCCCAUGCUGGAUCAUGUCAUUGAAGUCCUGCAGUUUGAGUCCAGAUUUGACCUGAAAAUCUGUUUUUUUGCAGCUCUGAGCUGCAGCUUCUUCCUGAGGGAGCGGCUGGGUGAAGCACAGCAGGAGAAAUAACCUCUAACGUCUCCACUCAUCAAUAUUACAGGCUCUUGUCCGUACAAUUCUCUGAAAUCUCAGCCAGCUUUAGGCUCUAAAUAAUUCACACAAUAAAAUCUUCCCCCCCCCCCCCCCCCACACACACACACACACACACACACACACACCCUCCAUCUCCAUGCACUUCAUUAGACUCUUCUUCACUCGUUUCUGCUCAAAGUAGAACGAUGAAGGAGGGAGGGAGGUAGACUGUGAACAGAGUGUGGAACAAGGCCAAGAUGUGUCUGUUCAGAAGAUUCACCUCUCAGACUGGCUGCAGAAAGUAUGAAGUUUUGCACUUUUAUUUUUGUCAAUCUUGCGCACUGCUGUAUUUAAAAAAUCAUGGAUGGGAUCAAUUCAUUGGGUAUUUUAGAGAUUCAUGAUGGUUUAAAAGCUACAACCAGGGCAUCUCUGAGGGAAAAACAGCUUACUUUCCAAGUAAGACUGAGUCCUGCUAAAGUUUGCUUUCAUGCAUUUUAUAUUUCAAAUCUUCAGGAUGCUCAAAUUCUCAGCAUUCGGCCAAUAUUGGGACCUGUCACAGUCUGGCCCGCUUUCAGACAGACCUUUGUUUGGGGCAGGUUUAGGAACCCUCAUCCCUUAAGAGCUGGGACCUCAUGUAAAAUGUUGAUAUAAGCAGAUUCUGUUGGUACUUAGUACUUUACGGACGUUUCAGCUGGUUUUUAAACAUCCCACAUUCUUCGUGGCUACUGGAGUCUGUGAUGGUUUGAACCCUCGGUAGUGGGUCAUUCUAGAUCUAUCAGCUGACACAUUGACUCUCUUUCAGUGUAACUCAUGUUUUCGCCCUUCGACCCGCAAAGAGACUCGUUCUUGGUGCUUUCAUCCUUGGUGCAUUCAUCCGAUAUUGGCUGCAGCGCGCGCUGCUGUGACGCAUGGUCACAUGCUGUUCGGUCAGCAUCAACACAGAGUGGAUGAGCCCCGAUCCAGUGAGCACCACACAGAUUACCAACAGAACUCAAAGCAGAGCGAAGUUUACUUCCUGAAAACUCCUGCAGUCACCUAUCCUGUGACCAUCUCUGUUUUUACAUUUUCACUCGGAAUGAGGCCAACGGAGGGAUCUUUAGAGGGGGGGAUUUCAGAAAUCCGGAUUCUAUUGAAUCGGGCAGCUUAAAAAAAAACUGCAAAGUCUGAUGAAGUAAACAUUUUGCUGUAGUGUUUGAAACGUCUCCAUCUGCGAAAAGACGCGCGGGUCAUAUUACCGUGUGAAGAUUAUGCCUUCUUUGACGCACUGAGACAGACCUCCGCUCUGUAUCUGUUCUUAUUUGUAUGUGGAUUUAAAAAGCUGGCAGACCAAGCUUUGGUUACACCUCUCCUGGCUGAAACUCGACCCUCCUUCUUGUUGUCACUUCUGCCCGCAGACCGGGAGCAGCUUGACGGCGCGCAGGGGUCGCGAUGAAACGAUCCAAAUACUGAUGUGAAGGGUGAGAUCAUUACCUUUUAACGUGAAGGUGUCUGUGAUUUAUAUAGCGCAAAGCGAGUAAAUGGCUACACGCCCAGAAGCAUACCAAAAAGCGUUAAUGCGCAUAAACUGUUCCAAAAUGUCAUUAAGUCGUCCCUAGGUAUUUUUUUUUCUGUUUAAUUCCGGUGAGAUGUUGACCAAUUAAAUGUUUUUAAAACGGACAACACGUCUUCCUAAUCAUGGACAUGAUGUCACAACACUGUCCAACACUUUAAUGCACGGAAAUCAAAACUAGUUCAACUAUUUUCAAAGAAUUCCGUUCGAAAAAUGUGGAGAAAUAAAAGGUAGCCUGCGCGCAAAGAUAUCACCAUGGGUUUGGUCACUGAUAGUAAAGUGUUGUUGAGGCUGCUGUUCAACUCAAUGCACUCAGGAUGAACAGUUCGAACCAACAACAAUUUGCAUAAAAUGUUCUUGUUGUAACUUCAGAGUGAAGGCAAAGUUUUCCCGCCUGCAAACUGUCUUAUAGUGCUAAUAUGAUCUCAUAAGCCCCAGUAAUUAUGUGUGUGUUUCGAUGCAAAGCUGCAGAAUAUGUAUAGUGCUUCCUCGACCCUUUUUGCAGAGGUGAAAUAUUGAAGUUCUUGGUUUACUUAUACCCCAAAGCUCAUUUUGAUAUGUGGAACCCAAACUGAAGGUGGUAGAUGUCUUUUAUAUGGAGUUUAUUGAAGUUUAGAUGAGAUGAGUUGCAGUUUGAAAGCUCCACGAUAAGAAUCACUUUUACUGCCAUGUGGGUUUAUACAUUCAGAGAGUUAGUGACAGUGUUUUGGACUCAGAAAACAGUUUGUCUUACCGCCAGGGAAGUAGAAAAAGAGUAAGGGAGAGUGGUAGAGUUGUAAAGGAAUGUGAGGGAUGAUGGUGAGGGCAAAACUCCUGCAUGAAGUAGAUUGCAGAUCAGCCUCUGUAAUUCUGUACAUUUCUGGAAUUUUUUGAGGCCGUUUUGCUAAUUUCGGGGACUUCAUUGGGUGUGUGACAUAGAUUUUAGGAUCUCUUUGGGUCUGUUCAUGACAUAAUUUUUGGGUCAGUUUUGUGAUUUCUUGGGAGCCCUUUGGGUGGUUUCAUUGAAUUUUUGGACUUCUUUGGGUCCAUUCUGCAAAUUUGUGGAAUAUCUUCUGGUCUUUCUUUCCAAAACAGCGUCCAUCCUGUAAACUUCCAAGUCUGUAAAAAUCUGGAUUUCUAUAUGCCUGUUACCUACUAGCUGUGUUUAGUGACAGAGGAAUGUACAGGUAUCAGGAGCAUGUCUGGCCUCUGAAAGUGUGUGUGUGUGUGUGUGUGUGUGUGUGUGUGUGUGUGUGUGUGUGUGUGUGUGUGUGUGUGUGUGAGCGAGCAGUGGUUUGUGUGUGAUGCUGACUGUCUGUGUGGGUGUAAACGACUCACUGGCCCUUAGGGAUGCUUAUGUCCAGGGCUCUGUCGCUAUGGAAACUUAAGCUGCUGAUAGGUUGACCCUCAGGGUGCUGAUGAGAGGAAGAAGAGAGGCUUGUGUUUCUAGGGUAACGUUUGAACUGAGACAUCUUCAUUAGAUGAUCUGUGACUUAGUGUGAUGUUGGAGAGGGAAAAAACAGUACAUGUAUAAUUAUGUUCUUUUUUAGUUGAUAGUGGAGUAGCGACCUCUAGUGGUCAUAACAGUGCUGAUAGCAGAGGGGAUAGGGUAAUGCUGGUGGUGUUAAACCUUUAUCUGGAUGAUGAUGGAGGAGCUGUCCUGCCCAAGCUGUUCACUCAUGGACUCUUGACAAAACUUAGUGUCAACAAGCAGGAGUAAAACUGUACCUCUGUGUGAUCCUCUUGCCUCUAGCUUUGCCACUGGUAUUGACCAAUCAGAAUCAAGUAUUUAUCAGCAAUAAAGCUUGGCUAUAGAGAAGAAGCAGUUCAGUGGACUAGCUUGUAAGCAGUAAAUCAAUGUAAUGUACUUGUCAAACUUCAGCUUUAAGCAUCAGUGCACUUUAUCAUUUCCUUGAAGUAAUAAUCAUCAUAUUUAUCAUUUUGCACUGCAGACGCGGAAGUUCUUCUUCCUUAGCGUCUCGGUCUGAUUGCAUUUCCAUGAAGAAAUGAUCACAAAUGUUCUUCCUUGAGCUGCGUCACCCCGCUGUAGUCUGUAAUGGACUGGCCUGGGGUCUCGCUACAAACAAGCAGCUGCUGGAAGAGAGUAGGUGAGUUGUGUUUAGUCUCUUUGCUAAGAAAUAAACCAAAGUUAAAAAGUUGUUUCGUUGGCUAGUGCUAUGGCUGGGACCCUUUAUGUACUGUUGGUGAACUUCAGUGCUGCUCUGAGCAUUAUUUGUGGCUAUAGAGUGGCUUUUUGGUUGAGCGCAUGGCUCCUGAGACCGCUGUGUAUUGCUAUCGCGGGUUGUUACUAAAGUUGGUAUAACUAGAGAAGCAAGCGGUCAGCAACAUUCAUCUCUUGAAGGGGUAUCUAACUCGGUGUUAAGAUGUGUUUGACCCUAACUUAAUUUUACGCUGGAUUAUCCCUUUAAAGUGCUCUGUUGGUGUCCUGUUGACAAACACUAACUCAUGUGCACUGAUGCUAAAAGCUGAAGUUUGUCUAGUACAUUACAUUGAUUUACUGCUUACAAGCUAGUCCACUGAAUUGCUGAGUCAAGCUUUAUUUAACAUAGAGUAUGGGUCCUGGCUUUACCAUCUACUUUGGACCAGUAAACUUGCGAAUUAUCUACUGGAUUAUUGUGAUUCUUUGUAUUUUAGUGUCCAUUAGUGGUCUCUGUGUCGGUUCAAAAUGCAGCUGUGAGUGAACUGCCUGAAAAAAGACCAUGAGCUCAAGUAUUGCCUCCCGCUCAAUUUCAGGUUUGAUUUCAGGUUUUCAGCACCUCAUUCAAAUGCAGCUGAUUUCAAACUUUGACUUGACUUUAUUGUUUCACAAUUAUCAACUCCACAAAGUCCCAUUUCUGGUGAUACUGUGUCUGAUUUUGGACAGCUGUCCCCACUCACAUAAUUUUGCCUUUGCACUUUUUCUAUGAGCUUUAGCACAACUCCAGAUGCUCCUGCUGAACUUCAACACACCGACACAUGAUGAGAUGAUAGUCACUGCAGUCGUCACUUUCCUUGUGUGACUCUGAAUAUCUUUGCUGAUGUUUUACAUUUGCUCCAGUUUUUGAUAUUUUAUAAAACAUGAGGGAAAGCUGAAUGUUAGCAUUUCAUUAUUUAAAUUCAUGAUUUAGCAUCAUGGAUGAGUGAUUUCACUUUGCAGGAGUGUGUUUGGGUACAGUCAUGCAGAUGCCUGCAGGAGGAUGACUUUUAUUUCCUUUUGUGUUCACUGUAAAAUUAGACAAGCCUCUGCUGGUGUCCUUCUUAGCUUUAAUUUGCUUUUUCAUGUGCAUGCAUUCAUGGCUCAUGCAGAUUUGGUGCACAAAGCAUGACGGCGAAGUGGAUAUUAAAACGCAGAAUCUGCCUCCCUGGCUAAUGUCAUGUCAAGCUGAUUACAGACUUCUUCGCUCUGUCAAACUUCUUUUUUUUCUCCUGCUCCUUCAUUGAAACACACUGUUUCGUAUUGAUCUGAUCUGCUCCCUGUUAAAAACGUGGUUGUUUUUGGUGCUGGUAAUGUCAUAAUUGUUGUUUAUGUUUAAGGACCGUCCUGUUAGUCAUUGCCUUCUAAACAGCAGUGAAGGUGUAGAUUUAAGCUCCAUUCCUCUUAACGAGGAUCAUAUUCAGAGUCUGUCAGGUUGCUUCACUUAUUCUGAAGUUCAUUAAUAACAGAGAAAAUGAUUUGCACACCUUUCUUUUUUUUUUAACUCACCAAAUCUCAAAUUUCUGAAUCUUAACACUUUUAUUUUAGAUCUUUGAAAGCAAAAUAUUCAGUCUGAGGAGAAGGUAAAAGUACAUUAAAAAAAUGGACUAAGUGAACUGUUUAACCUCUCUAUCCUGAUGAUACUUUGCAGAGUUUAAGCAGCCACAAUCUUUAUUAUCUCAUACAAUCUUGACACAUUUAAGGUCUUCGCUGACACGGUAACAGUGACUGUAGGCUGUUGAAACAUGAAUUUUGUCUCUGUGUCAAGAAGGCGUGGUAAAAUUCUGACUGGCACCAACUUCCAGCAAAAGCAGCUUCAGAUGAAUACAACUUGACCAAUGCUCAGUGUUUGCCUUCUUGUGCAGAAUUUACAUCAACUCUCUGCUGUCACAUCAACUCUGUCUUUUUAUUUCAGGCCUAAAUUUAAUGUCUAAUUGAACCUGUUACACCCUACCUUUCAGUGCUUAAACGAAACACCUGAAAAUCCUUUCAGUAUGGCAGAAAUUCUCUGCCUUAUGAAGCUUGUGGAGAUUUUUACAAACCCGUUACCCUGGAGAUGCUCAUAACCAGAGCCAGAAAACUUCAGGGAGACCAUCUGAUACCAGCUCUGAGCUCUCUUUAAAGUCUUUUUCUGGCCCAGUUUUAAAUUAGUGAGAGAAAUUUACUCUUCGUCCAAAAAUUAAGAGCAAUAUUUUUAGUCAUGGCUGCUGGCAGGAGGAGCGAAUCUGAGGAUUUUGGAGCUGUUGAGUGAGGCCAUCAGAUUUGAUAGAAACACCAUCAUCUGUCUGUCUGUCUGUCUGUCUUCCUCGUCUAUCUCCUUUUCCAUCCUUCUUCCAUCCUUGUUCUGUCUUCCCAUUUUACUAUUUUCUGUUUUCCAUGUCUCUCCUUCCUCAUUUUCUUUUCUUUUGGUCUCAUCCUCCUCCUGACUUGUCCUUUUUCCUGCUUUAUUUCUUCUCCUUCACCCC